ACAAAUAUUUCUCCGCCGCUCUCUCACACUCCCUCUCUCUCUCUUCUCUUGUUAAUCCAAUUAUCCAAUUCCCGUAAUUAAUUUACAAAUUAUCCAAUCAAUUUCCGCUCUUUUCUCCGAUUCUCCUUCGCCAUUAGAUUCGAUCCUAAAUCUUACACCCUCCUAACCCUCCGGCCAAAUUUCGCCUCCUUUUAUAGCUUUGCCCGAUCGCUGGAUUUGCGACAUCCCCAGUUGAACUUUUUUCCACCCGAUUCCCAUUUCUUUCUUCUGGGUUUCUGAAAGUUUCGUUUUUUCUUUCGCGGGUUUACAUUUUUUGAAAGCUUCGGAUCCGGGCAAAAAUGGAGCUCUCGGUGAUCGGCACUUCUCAGGGGACGUUCUGCGGCGGCGGGGAGUUGGUGAGGGAGCUGAGAUUUUGCGUCCCCAAAAGAAACGGAGACGCUAUCAACUUCUUCGAUCGAAAUUCCCGCCGGAGAUGCAGGAAUUCUCGCCUGCAGCUUACCCUCACCGCCUCCGGCCAAUCCGAACCCGUCCGGUCCGAUAGCUUUCCGGUUCAUGAGCCCGCCAAAAGACCCAAUUCCAUUGAUAGAGUAAGGUUAUUUGUUGGGUUGCCGUUGGAUGUGGUCUCUGAUUGCCACAGUGUAAACCAUGCGAGAGCCAUAACAGCAGGUCUCAAAGCUCUGAAUUUGUUAGGGGUAGAAGGUGUGGAGCUUCCGGUGUGGUGGGGGCUGGUGGAGAAGGAAGGAAUGGGGGAAUAUGAAUGGUCAGGGUACCUUGCCGUUGCAGAAAUGGUACAAAAUGCAGGGUUGAAGCUUCACGUCUCGCUCUGUUUCCAUGGAGAUAGACAGCAUAAGGUCUCGCUUCCACGAUGGGUUUCGAAGAUCGGUGGAUCGAAUCCCAGCAUCUUUUAUACUGAUCGAUCAGGGAAAGCCUAUGAGGAUUGCUUGUCGUUGGCAGUGGAUGAUCUUCCUGUUCUUCAUGGCAAGACUCCUCUCCAAGUUUACAAGGGGUUCUGCGAGAGCUUCAGGUCUUCAUUUGCCCACUUCUUGGGUUCCACUAUCACGGGAGUAACAAUCGGGCUGGGACCAGAUGGCGAGCUUCGAUAUCCAUCUCACCACCAACAUUCCAACAACAGCAUCCCUGGAGUUGGAGAGUUCCAAUGCUACGACGAAAACAUGAUGAACCACCUAAAGCAACAUGCAGCAUCCCUCGGCAAUCCCUUAUGGGGUCUGGCAGGCCCGCACGAUGCUCCGACUUACAACCAGUCCCCUGACUCCAACCCUUUCUUCAACGAACACUCCGGAUCAUGGAAGACCCCCUACGGCGAAUUCUUCCUCUCGUGGUACUCCAGCCAGCUGCUCUCCCACGGUGAUCACCUCCUCUCCAUGGCCUCCGACGUCUUCACAAACACCGGGGUGGCAACUCACGGUAGAGUCCCUUUGAUGCACUCCUGGUUCAAAACCCGGUCACGUGCACUCGAGAACACCGCCGGGUUCUACAGCACGGAUGGGAAAGACGCAUACGAAGCAUUCGCUCAGAUGUUUGCUCGAAACUCCAGCGGAAUGAUCGUUCCCGGAAUGGACUUAUCGGACGAUCAGCAGCCCGAGCAGACGAUGUCUAGCCCCGAGAUGUUGUUGAAGCAGAUUCGUGCAGCGUGCAAGAGGCAUGGAGUUGGGGUCUCCGGAAUGAACUCUAGGCUUGGUUCGAAUGGGUUGGACAGGAUAAGGAAGAAUGUAACUGGGGAUGAGAAUAACGUGGUGGAUCUGUUUACUUAUCAGAGGAUGGGAGCGGAGUUCUUCUCGCCGGAGCAUUUCUCGUCUUUCACCCAGUUUACUCGGGGGCUGAACCAGCAUUUCGCCGAGCUGCAUUCGGAUGACCUUCUGGCGGAAGAAACUGUUCCAGUGGUGGCGGAAGAAUCUGUUCCGGUGGAGGCUUCUUCAUCGCCGAGUGCCGAGAUGCAAACGGCCUAAGGGUGGAAGAGACUGAGAGCUGUUGCAUGUUAAACUGUAUAAAUAUAUAUAUGUCUGGGUGAGGCUGCAAGUUUGGACGCUGUGCACCCUUCUGAUUAUUACUUGUAAUCAAAUGCAACAACAAAUGUAUGUGUUUGAGAGCCACGGAAUUGAGCAAUACCUCGAGCUGUUUGAAUUAAGCUUUGGAAUGAUUCAAGUUCAACUUCGCAUUGGUGUACUGUAAUCUCUGUAUCGGUCAAAAUGUCGAAGUGAAUCCAUAAGUAAUCGUUGAUAACUGGGAGUAAUCGGCCUCCUCGGAGUAUUGUUGAAAGCGUAGAAAGAAGUUUUUCAACUCCUUCGCGUUCCUUGAUCUGUCGAUUCCAAGCAUAGUGCAAUGACGAAUAUGCUAGCCGUAGCUCUGUCGACGAGGCCUCUAACUCAAGCAAAUGCCACUUUCGAGUUCGAUAGACAGACAAGUGAGAAGACUGGCUUAGUCAGUAUCAGUCCUUAAGAAAAACCA